AUGGUGCGGCACGGUGUCUUUUCCCGGUGUGCGGUGAUGGCCUUGCUGGCCUCCCUCAGUGUUGUAGCGAUCGAGGCGGCAGAAAUGGCACGGUACGAUAGCUACCCUAUGUAUCGUGUGACACCCAAGAGCGAGGAACAGCUGCGGGUGGUCGCGGCCAUGGAGCAAGUGAGUGACAGUUUAAUAUUUCUCGAAACCGCCCGGAAGGUGGGUGAUCGGUUCGACAUCAUCGUCGCACCGCACAAGCUGGCCGACUUUACGGAAACGCUCGAAGCGGACUACAUCCCGCACGAGGUGAUCGACGAGAACGUGCAACGAUCGUUCGACGAGGAACGUGUGCGGCUGAUGACCAAGCGCGCUAAGGGUCCGUUCGGCUGGAACGACUAUCAUUCGCUGGAGGAGAUACACGCCUGGUUGGACAAGAUGGCAGCCGAGCACCGCGAGGUGGAACUGCUGGACGCGGGUCGAUCGCAUCAAAACCGCACGCUGAAGGGUGUGAAGUUGUCGUACGGGGAAGGACGACCGGGUGUGUUCAUCGAGGGUGGUAUUCAUGCGCGGGAGUGGAUCUCACCCGCCACUGUUACGUACAUCCUGAACGAGCUGGUUACCAGUGAGGAUCCGCAAGUGCGCGCACUCGCUAGCAAGUACGACUGGUACGUGUUCCCGAAUGUGAACCCGGACGGAUACGCGUACACGUUCCAGGUGAAUCGAUUGUGGCGCAAAACUCGCAAACCUUACGGUCCAUUCUGUUACGGUGCCGACCCGAACCGAAACUGGGACUUCCAUUGGGCGGAACAGGGCACCAGCAAUAAUCCCUGCUCGGAUACGUACGCCGGACCGAAGGCCUUCUCGGAAGUGGAGACUCGUUCGCUGUCCACUUUCGUUGGGAAGCUGCGCGGAAAGCUCAGUGCGUACAUCGCGUUCCACUCCUACUCACAGCUGCUCCUCUUCCCGUACGGACACACCGCGGAACACUCAGCGAACCAUCAGGAUCUGGACGAAAUUGCGGAAGCAACCGUAAAAUCCCUAGCCAAGCGGUACGGCACCCAAUACCAGUACGGUAAUGUGUACGAUGCAAUCUAUCCGGCCAGCGGAUCCAGCGUGGACUGGAGCUACGGUGUGGAGGACGUCAAGAUCGCCUACACGUACGAGCUGCGUCCGAAUUCGGACGCUUGGAACGGAUUCGUUCUACCACCGGACCAGAUUGUGCCAACCGGAGAGGAAACGCUUGAUUCGCUCGUCACUCUUUUGCAAGAAUCGGCCGACCGCGGUUACUACGAUGUGAAGAACUGA